GGCCUUUUAUAACAAACUAGCACUUUUUAUUUUUCUCAAUGAGCAGGGUCUGGAACUCCUAAACCAUCUACUCCUACUCCAACCAACACCCCUUCAUCGACCCCACACCCUUCUGAUGCUCAGAGCUCAACUCCUAUUACCCCUUCUGCCACCCCUACUCCCCAAGAAUCAGGCUUCACCCCUCAGCCCACUUUGUUAACCCCGUUUGCUCAGCAGCAGAUGUCUCUGAGCCAGGCACUGCCUGUAAUGACCAUUCCUCUUUCCACCAUGGUAACAUCCAUUACUACAGGAACAACCUCCACCCAGGUCAUGGCAAACCCUGCAGGACUUAACUUCAUCAAUGUAGUGGGCUCUGUGUGUGGAGCACAGACAUUGAUGAGUGGUUCAAACCCUAUGUUGGGGUGCAACACUGGUGCCAUAGCCCCUGCAGGUAUAAAUCUGAGUGGCAUUUUACCAUCAGGAGGUCUGGUACCAAGUGCACUGCCCGCUGCAAUGCAGUCUGCCUCUCAAGCAGGCAGCCCUUUUGGUUUGAAAAAUGCAUCAAAUCUUCGGCCCUUAAAUCUUCUACAGGGGUCUGACCAAGGUCCAUCAAAUCAAGAUCAGGCAUUGUCUGCCCAACAAGCUGCUGUCAUUAACCUGACGGGAGUAGGGAAUUUCAUGCAACCUCAAGCCACAGCAGUUGCGAUUCUUGCAGCAUCAAAUGGCUAUGGCAGCAGCAGCAGCACAAGCAGCUCAUCUGCGACAUCAGCAGCAUUCAGGCAGCCACUCAAAAAGUAAAAGGAAAAGAAGCACACCUGCCCCUCCAAAAUCCUGAGACUUUUCUUUUUUUUCCUCAGUAUAAAAAUGAUUUCAAGGUGUGAUUUUUAUUUUUUUUUUCCCCUGUUUAAAAAGGAUAAAGCUUAAAAACAAAUCAGUAUUUUAUAGUGCUGGUGGGAAACUGAACUUUUGACAUUACACUGAAAAAAGAUGAACUUCUUGGAAGCCAACCUUACAUAACGUGGUGACUUCAUCAAUAAAGCAGCUGGCGUCUGGCUUCCUUAAGUCACUUAAUUUUUUAACAGAAUGUUUUAUCUUGUAUUUUUUACCAUUCAGCAGCAUUGUACAUAGUAAAAGGGUGAAAAACAUUUUAGAAGAAAAUGAACUUUGUAAAUGUAGUAUUAGUAUUUGUUUAUUUAGUAUAAAAAGGUUUGUGAACACCGUAACAAAUACAAUUUUUAUAAAUCCA